CGCCGGCCCGGGCAGCCGCUGCCAGUGACAGGGGGAAUGCAUCCUGAAUGGGGCUGAGCCCCCUGCGUGGGACUAUGCAGCGUGGGGGCAGCAGCCGGGCAGCACCGCGGCGGCAGCGGCAUGGUGGCGACGGUGAAGAUCGCGGUGCUGGGGGCGCAGGGCGUGGGCAAGAGUGCCAUAGUGCGGCAGUUCCUCUACAACGAGUUCAGUGAGGUCUGUGCACCCACCACCGCCCGGCGCGUCUACCUGCCUGCCGUCGUCAUGAACGGCCACGUCCACGACCUGCAGAUCAUGGACUUCCCUCCCAUCACUGCCUUCCCCGUCAACACCCUGCAGGAGUGGGCGGACGUGUGUUGCAGGGGGCUCCGGAGCGUCCAUGCCUACAUCCUGGUCUAUGACAUCUGUUGCUUUGACAGCUUCGAGUACAUCAAAACCAUCCGCCAGCAGAUCCUGGAGACGAGGGUCAUCGGCACAUCGGAGACCCCCAUCAUCAUCGUGGGCAACAAGCGGGACCUGCAGCGGGGCCGGGUGAUCCCGCGCUGGAACGUCUCCAACCUGGUGAAGAAGACAUGGAAAUGCGGCUACAUCGAGUGCUCGGCCAAGUACAACUGGCACAUCCUGCUGCUCUUCAGUGAGCUGCUCAAGAGCGUGGGCUGUGCCCGCUGCAAGCACGUCCACACCACCAUCCGCUUCCAGGGCGCCCUGCGCAGGAACCGAUGCACCAUCAUGUGAGCCCUAUGGACCACACAUCCUCAUGGACCAUGGCUCCCAGUGUCACCGCUCCAUGGGGUGAUGCUGUGCUGGAAGCGGUGCUGGAGGCACCUCGGGGUUUGCUCCCCCGCCAGCGCUGGUGCCCUGCAGUGAUGCAUGGGGACAGUCACCUUGGACAGGGUGAUGCCAUGGGCAGAGGGUGGCCGGGAUGCCUGGAGAGAGCAAGGGGUGAGGGAGGACCAUGGUUAAACUGAGCCCUCCCCAAGGCUCCAGC